AUGGCUUCUUGCUAUUACUUUUACUUCCGCGUUGCUCAGCUGCUUAUUGUGACAACUAAAAGCGCUUUUUCCUCUAGAGAGAGAUAUGUACAUAAAACACAAAUAGAGAAGGAGAGAGAGAAUGAUUUAAUUCAUUUCGACCAGGAACUUACUAAUCGAGACUAUCCGUCCGGCACUGACUGGUACAAUCCAUUGAAAUGCUUCCGAGAUUUCGAAGGUACUGGUUUUCUACCUUGGGUAAACAGCUUGAGCCACUACCGAUGUACGGAAUGGGAGGCUACUUUACAGUGUUUAAAACAUUUCCAAAGCUUCAAUGAAUCAUAG